GGAGGGAAAAGCAGGCGGCUGGGGAAAGUGAUGAGACAAAAAGUAGUCCCUCCGAUUCCUCUAUUUAUCUGCCUGUCGCAGCAGUAAGCGAGGCCCUCAGCGCCCCGCGCCCCGAAUUCCUGCGCUCCGAUGCACCGCGGCGCUCCGUGGAGGAGUACAUAAGGCGGAGGGGGUGAGGUGACCUGGGCGGAGUUCUGUUGCCAGGAUCCUUCCGCAGGGCUCAGCCGUUUCCGGAGUCUGCGCUGCGCCCGGUUCCGCCAUUGCGGCUCUCGCGGACCCUGGAGCCUCCGCCCCCGACCUGAGUUCUUUCGUCUGCCUGCCAGUUUCCUGCGUCCCCGGAGACUCUCCUGCUGAGCCCAGCCUCCCCCCUCCCCCUUCUCCUCCUCUCCCUUGGAGAGCCCGGGCAGCCACUGCCCCGCAGCCCCAGUGACAGGAGGAGACCAUACACCCCCGACAGCGCCAUGGCCCAGAUUCUGCCAAUUCGUUUUCAGGAGCAUCUUCAGCUCCAGAACCUGGGUAUAAACCCAGCAAACAUCGGCUUCAGUACCCUGACUAUGGAGUCAGACAAAUUCAUCUGCAUUAGAGAGAAAGUAGGGGAGCAGGCCCAGGUGGUAAUUAUUGAUAUGAAUGACCCAAGUAAUCCAAUUCGAAGACCAAUUUCAGCAGACAGCGCCAUCAUGAAUCCAGCCAGCAAAGUAAUUGCACUAAAAGCUGGGAAAACUCUUCAGAUAUUUAACAUUGAAAUGAAAAGUAAAAUGAAGGCCCAUACCAUGACCGAUGAUGUCACCUUCUGGAAAUGGAUCUCUUUGAAUACGGUUGCUCUUGUUACGGAUAAUGCAGUUUAUCAUUGGAGUAUGGAAGGAGAGUCUCAGCCAGUGAAAAUGUUUGAUCGCCAUUCUAGCCUUGCAGGGUGCCAGAUUAUCAAUUAUCGUACUGAUGCAAAGCAAAAGUGGUUACUUCUGACUGGCAUAUCUGCACAGCAAAAUCGUGUGGUAGGAGCUAUGCAGUUAUAUUCUGUAGAUAGGAAAGUGUCUCAGCCCAUCGAAGGACAUGCGGCUAGCUUCGCACAGUUUAAGAUGGAAGGAAAUGCAGAAGAGUCGACGUUAUUUUGUUUUGCAGUACGGGGUCAAGCCGGAGGGAAGUUACAUAUCAUUGAAGUUGGCACACCACCUACAGGGAACCAACCCUUUCCAAAGAAGGCAGUGGAUGUUUUCUUUCCUCCAGAAGCACAAAAUGACUUUCCUGUUGCAAUGCAGAUCAGUGAAAAGCAUGACGUAGUAUUCUUGAUUACUAAGUAUGGUUAUAUCCACCUGUAUGAUCUUGAGACUGGUACCUGCAUCUACAUGAAUAGAAUCAGUGGAGAAACAAUCUUUGUCACUGCACCUCAUGAAGCCACAGCUGGAAUAAUUGGAGUAAACAGAAAGGGACAAGUUCUCUCAGUAUGUGUGGAAGAAGAAAACAUAAUUCCUUAUAUCACCAAUGUCCUACAAAAUCCUGAUUUGGCCCUGAGAAUGGCUGUACGUAACAACUUGGCUGGUGCUGAAGAACUCUUUGCCAGGAAAUUUAAUGCUCUUUUUGCCCAGGGAAAUUACUCAGAGGCAGCAAAGGUGGCUGCUAAUGCACCAAAGGGAAUCCUUCGUACCCCAGACACCAUCCGUCGGUUCCAGAGUGUCCCAGCUCAGCCAGGUCAAACUUCUCCCCUACUUCAGUACUUUGGAAUCCUUUUGGACCAGGGCCAGCUAAACAAAUAUGAAUCCUUAGAACUGUGUAGGCCUGUACUUCAGCAAGGGCGGAAACAGCUUUUGGAGAAAUGGUUAAAAGAAGAUAAGCUGGAAUGCUCUGAAGAACUGGGAGACCUUGUGAAAUCCGUGGACCCUACAUUGGCACUUAGUGUGUACCUAAGGGCUAAUGUGCCAAAUAAAGUCAUUCAGUGCUUUGCAGAAACAGGUCAAGUCCAGAAGAUUGUUUUAUAUGCUAAAAAAGUUGGAUAUACUCCAGACUGGAUCUUUCUGCUGAGAAAUGUUAUGCGAAUCAGUCCAGAUCAGGGGCAGCAGUUUGCUCAAAUGUUAGUUCAGGAUGAAGAACCUCUUGCUGAUAUCACACAGAUUGUCGAUGUGUUUAUGGAAUACAAUCUAAUUCAGCAGUGUACUGCAUUCUUGCUUGAUGCACUGAAGAAUAAUCGCCCAUCUGAAGGUCCUUUACAGACAAGGUUGCUUGAGAUGAACCUUAUGCAUGCACCUCAAGUCGCAGAUGCUAUUCUAGGGAAUCAGAUGUUCACGCAUUAUGACCGGGCUCAUAUCGCUCAGCUGUGUGAGAAGGCUGGCCUCCUGCAGCGUGCAUUAGAACACUUCACUGACUUAUAUGAUAUAAAGCGUGCGGUUGUUCAUACCCAUCUUCUUAACCCUGAGUGGUUAGUGAAUUACUUUGGGUCCUUAUCAGUAGAAGACUCCCUGGAAUGCCUCAGAGCCAUGCUAUCUGCCAAUAUUCGUCAGAAUCUACAGAUCUGUGUGCAGGUGGCUUCUAAGUAUCACGAACAACUGUCCACUCAGUCUCUGAUUGAACUUUUUGAAUCUUUCAAGAGUUUUGAAGGUCUUUUUUAUUUUCUGGGAUCCAUUGUUAACUUUAGUCAGGACCCAGAUGUGCACUUUAAAUAUAUUCAGGCAGCUUGCAAGACGGGGCAGAUCAAAGAAGUAGAAAGAAUCUGCAGAGAAAGCAACUGCUAUGAUCCUGAGCGAGUCAAGAAUUUUCUCAAGGAAGCGAAGCUAACAGAUCAGUUACCACUUAUCAUUGUGUGUGAUCGAUUUGACUUUGUCCAUGAUUUGGUGCUCUAUUUAUAUAGAAAUAAUCUUCAAAAGUAUAUAGAGAUAUAUGUACAGAAGGUGAAUCCAAGUCGACUUCCUGUGGUUAUUGGAGGAUUACUUGAUGUUGAUUGCUCUGAAGAUGUCAUUAAAAACUUGAUUCUUGUUGUAAGAGGUCAAUUCUCUACUGAUGAGCUUGUCGCUGAGGUUGAAAAAAGAAACAGAUUGAAACUGCUUCUGCCUUGGCUGGAGGCUAGAAUUCAUGAGGGCUGUGAAGAGCCUGCUACUCACAAUGCUUUAGCCAAAAUCUACAUAGACAGUAAUAACAACCCAGAGCGAUUUCUUCGGGAAAAUCCUUAUUAUGACAGUCGUGUUGUUGGAAAGUAUUGUGAGAAGAGAGAUCCACAUCUAGCCUGUGUUGCUUAUGAACGUGGCCAGUGUGAUCUGGAACUUAUUAAUGUUUGCAAUGAGAAUUCCCUCUUCAAAAGUCUUUCCCGCUAUCUGGUACGGCGAAAGGAUCCAGAACUGUGGGGUAGUGUGCUGCUGGAAAGCAAUCCUUACAGGAGACCCCUCAUUGAUCAGGUUGUACAGACAGCCUUGUCUGAGACUCAGGACCCUGAAGAAGUGUCAGUAACUGUCAAGGCUUUUAUGACUGCAGACCUUCCUAAUGAACUCAUUGAACUGCUGGAGAAAAUUGUCCUUGAUAACUCUGUAUUCAGUGAACACAGGAAUCUGCAAAACCUCCUCAUCCUCACUGCAAUCAAGGCUGACCGUACCCGUGUUAUGGAAUAUAUUAACCGCCUGGAUAAUUAUGAUGCCCCAGAUAUUGCCAAUAUCGCCAUCAGCAAUGAGCUGUUUGAAGAAGCAUUUGCCAUUUUUCGGAAAUUUGACGUCAAUACUUCAGCAGUGCAGGUCUUGAUCGAACAUAUUGGAAACUUAGAUCGGGCAUAUGAGUUUGCUGAACGCUGCAAUGAACCUGCAGUCUGGAGUCAGCUCGCAAAAGCCCAGCUGCAGAAAGGAAUGGUGAAAGAAGCCAUUGAUUCUUACAUCAAAGCAGAUGAUCCUUCAUCCUACAUGGAAGUUGUUCAGGCUGCCAAUACUAGUGGAAACUGGGAAGAACUGGUGAAGUACUUGCAGAUGGCUCGUAAGAAGGCUCGUGAAUCCUAUGUGGAGACAGAAUUGAUAUUUGCACUGGCUAAAACAAACCGCCUUGCAGAGUUAGAAGAGUUCAUCAAUGGGCCAAAUAACGCUCAUAUCCAGCAAGUUGGUGACCGCUGUUAUGAUGAAAAAAUGUAUGAUGCUGCUAAGCUGUUGUACAAUAAUGUUUCCAAUUUUGGACGCUUGGCAUCUACUCUGGUUCACCUGGGUGAAUAUCAGGCAGCUGUUGAUGGAGCUAGGAAAGCUAACAGUACUCGAACAUGGAAAGAGGUCUGCUUUGCCUGUGUAGAUGGGAAAGAGUUCCGUCUCGCUCAAAUGUGUGGGCUUCAUAUUGUAGUACAUGCAGAUGAAUUGGAGGAACUUAUCAACUACUAUCAGGAUCGUGGAUAUUUUGAAGAGCUGAUAACCAUGUUGGAAGCAGCACUGGGACUUGAGCGAGCUCAUAUGGGGAUGUUCACCGAGUUAGCUAUUCUGUAUUCUAAGUUUAAGCCACAGAAAAUGAGGGAGCACCUGGAGCUGUUCUGGUCCAGAGUGAACAUUCCUAAGGUGCUAAGAGCUGCAGAACAAGCUCACCUUUGGGCAGAAUUGGUGUUUUUGUAUGACAAGUACGAAGAAUAUGAUAAUGCCAUAAUUACCAUGAUGAAUCAUCCGACUGAUGCGUGGAAAGAAGGGCAGUUCAAAGAUAUCAUUACCAAGGUUGCCAAUGUGGAACUGUACUACAGAGCAAUACAGUUCUACUUAGAAUUCAAGCCACUGUUGUUAAAUGAUUUGCUGAUGGUGCUGUCUCCACGGUUGGAUCAUACUCGUGCAGUCAAUUAUUUCAGCAAGGUUAAACAGCUACCACUGGUGAAACCAUAUUUGCGUUCAGUCCAGAACCACAACAACAAAUCUGUGAAUGAAUCACUGAACAACCUCUUUAUUACAGAAGAAGAUUAUCAGGCUCUGCGAACAUCGAUAGAUGCUUAUGACAACUUUGACAAUAUCUCGCUUGCUCAGCGUUUGGAAAAACAUGAACUCAUUGAAUUCAGAAGAAUUGCUGCUUAUCUCUUCAAAGGCAACAAUCGCUGGAAACAGAGUGUGGAGCUGUGCAAGAAAGAUAGCCUGUACAAGGAUGCAAUGCAGUAUGCCUCUGAAUCUAAAGAUACUGAGUUGGCUGAAGAACUCCUACAGUGGUUUUUGCAGGAAGAAAAAAGAGAGUGCUUUGGAGCUUGUCUCUUCACUUGUUACGAUCUUUUAAGGCCAGAUGUUGUCCUGGAAACUGCAUGGAGGCACAAUAUCAUGGAUUUUGCCAUGCCCUAUUUCAUCCAGGUCAUGAAGGAAUACUUGACAAAGGUGGAUAAAUUAGAUGCUUCAGAAUCACUGAGAAAAGAAGAAGAACAAGCUACAGAGACUCAACCUAUUGUUUAUGGUCAGCCCCAGUUGAUGCUGACAGCAGGACCCAGUGUUGCAGUCCCUCCCCAGGCACCUUUUGGUUAUGGUUAUACUGCACCACCCUAUGGGCAGCCACAGCCUGGCUUUGGGUACAGCAUGUGAGACGGAAAGCUGAUCCUGUAGUCGCCUAUUUUCGUACCGAAACAUCGUCUCUACCCGCUUCUCAGUUUAUAACGGGGGAAAACAGGCACAUGUUCUUGUAACCUUUAUUUCAUGAAGGACUACUUUUUGUUUUUAACUGUAAACUUGGAUCACCUAUGUUAAAAGCUUAUUUCACAUUCCGCAUCAUUUUAGAAUUUAUUUUCAAAGGGGAAUAGUUUCAGUGUUUUAUUCACUUGGGCUUUCUUUCUUCCCCCUCAUUCUUUGAAGAAGUGCUUAAUAUUCAAUCUGUUGUGAAGAACCUGAUUUGCACUCUGUAGUGUUUAAAGAAAAAAAAAAAACUCUAAUAUUGAAUCUCUUAAAUUUAGUGUAUGUAAACAGCUUACAGUAUGUAUUGUCUAAAUGCAUUUAAAUCUUUUAUUCAAAGAAAAGCUAAAGCAGAAGUAUUGGUAUGUGACCAUGCAAAACUGUCAAUGCCAACAAAGACAACACUAAUCAGCAUAUCCUACACUGGAUUGCAGUGCUCUCCAAAUUAUUUGAAAAAUGCAUUACAGACAACUUGCCUGACUUUUAAAUGAGCGUAAAAGGCCCUCUAACCUAUGCAGGUUUCCUCAUUACACAUAUAGAAAAUGCUAGUGUGUUUUUGCUCACUUCAUAUGUAACAGGUGCCUUUAUGUUGUGCUGUAUCCUGUGCUUUUUUUGUGGGACCAUUCCAUUCAGGAACAAAGAGCACCAUGAUUCCAAUCUGUGUGUAUUUACUAACCCUUCCCUGAGGUUUGUGUAUGUUGGAUAUUGUGGUGUUUUAGAUCACUGAGUGUACAGAAGAAAGAAUUCAAACAAAAUAUUGCUGUUCUUCAGUUUUGUUUGUGGAAUUUGAAAUUACUCAAAUUUAAAAUAAAUUACUGGACUGUGGAAAUAA